AUUCACCGCGGAUAAUUUAACACGGCUAUACUUACGUUCAGCUGGAAGUUUUAGUGCUAAUUAUUGUGGUAUGAGUGGCUUGUGGUUGGGAAACCGGCUCAUAGGAGCAUUACCGCCACCUCCCGGGCCGGGUGUGGAUUGACAAGAGCGCUGAGCCCCUCAAGCAGAUUACAGCAGAUUACAGCAUAUUAUGAAAAGUGUCUGUCCAGUGUUGGGUUUUUUUACAGCAGCAACAACAGAACGACUAGAAGCUGAGAGGAGGAGCUGGUGGGUGGUCAAUGCAAAUUAGCUGUCAUGGCUCCCAGUUUGGCUCAGGCGUACAGCAGGAGGUGGUGGAUUGCCAUCACUGCCAUCAUCGAGAACCUGCUCUUCUCUGCUGUUCUGCUGGGCUGGACCUCUCUCCUCAUCAUGCUGAAGAACGAAGGCUUCUAUUCACACGUUUGCGUCGAGAACGACUCCGUCGGUGCUAACACCACUUCCUUGGAGAACCACGAGUGGAGUAGCUGUUUGGAGCAGGAGAAGAUAUUGAACCUCGGCUUCACCAUCGGCUCUUUCUUGUUGAGCGCCGCCACGCUACCUCUGGGCAUCUUGAUGGACAAAUACGGGCCGCGCCCCCUGAGGCUCGUUGGCAGUUCGUGUUUCGCGGCUUCCUGUGCGAUGAUAGCUGCCGCCGCGUACAACCCCGAAGUGUUGUCCUUCCUCAUCUUCAUCGCUGUCUCCUUCAAUGGCUUCGGGGGAAUCUGCUUGACCUUCACUUCACUCACAUUGCCAAACAUGUUUGGACACGUUCGAGCGACAAUCCUCUCCCUGAUGAUCGGAUCGUACGCUUCUUCAGCCGUCACCUUCUCUGGUGUCAAGGUGAUCUAUGACCUGGGCGUGUCGUUCCGUGUCAUCAUGUGGGUUUGGUCUGGUAUGGCCUGCCUGGUCGUCCUCAACUGCUUCCUGAACUGGCCCAACGAGUCCUUCCCUGCACCCGAGGACCCCCGCUACACUAGUAAAUCAAUGAAAAUGAGCGGAGUUGAGAAAGAAGACAAGGCGCCGGGAGACAAGUACGUCGCUCAUGUGGACGGCAAGACAGCAGAUCCCGAGCAGCCAGGCUCACGAGGCCCAGCGCAGGGCUCGGUGACGUUCUGUCACUCUGUCUGUUCUCCAAUCUUCCUGUGGAGUCUCAUCACCAUGGCGAUGACCCAGCUGCGGCUGAUCUUCUUCAUGGGUGCCAUGAACGAGAUGGUGGAGUUUUUGGUCACCCACGGCGACCCCCACCCCUCAGAGAUGCUGCAGAAGGAGGCGAGUGAACAAGUGAGUUUCUACUCGUCCGUCUUCGGUACCAUGCAGCUGCUUUGUCUGCUGACGUGUCCACUGAUCGGUUACAUGAUGGACUGGAGGAUGAAGGACUGUGAGGAGAAGAAUCCAGUCACACCAACCCUGAAGAGCCACUCGAAUCACCCACAAAAAAGGGACAGAAAGAUCCAGAAACUGACCAACGCUAUGAGGUCCUUCACCUUCACCAACGUCCUGCUGGUCGCCUUUGGAAUCCUUUCCAUGAUCGACCACCUGCCGAUACAGAUGGUGUCGUUUGUUCUGCACACCGUAGUGAGAGGAUUCAUCCAUUCAUGCUGUGGAGGUCUCUACGCUGCCGUGUAUCCUGCCAACCACUUUGGGACACUAACCGGCAUGCAGUCCAUGAUCAGCGCCGCCUUCGCUCUGCUACAGCAGCCGCUGUUCAUGCUGAUGGUGGGACCGCUGGAAAGAGAUCCUUACUGGAUCAAUCUGAGUCUCCUCAUCUUAUCCCUGGCUGGAUUCCUGUUGCCGGGCUAUCUGGUCUAUCACCGUAGAAACCUGAUCAGGGCGAAGGUGGCACGAAAUAAUCUGGCCGACCAAGAGAAUGUUCCCCUGAGCCAAUCAGAGAGCCAGUCCAACUGGAACGCAGCAAACGGAUAUGCGGCAAACGGGCAAGCUAUCUCAGAGAACUGAGGAUCCACUUAUACCACGUGAUCACACGUUUAGAAGAUCAUGACUAUAGAGCAGAGCUUUGACAUUGUGAGCGUAAUGUCAGAUUUCUCAUUGAGAAAAUAUCCUUUAAAGGUCCAGUGUGUGAGAAUUAGUGACAUCUAAUGGUGGGAGGGCAGAAGGCAACAAACGGAGGAUCUUCAACAAGUAUGACAGGCAACUAUGGUGGCCUGUGCUUACCAGAAAGCAUGCACUCUUCAACAACUCAGAGAUUCAGAAUUUUCCCGACUGCCAAGUAACCAUGCAACACUAUUAUUUAACGAUGCAAUUCUUUUGUGCGUGGUGUAUAUUCAACUUUACGGAAGCAGCGUGGAUAAAGUGGAAAAAUAUAGUGCACUAAGAAGAAUUAUGUAGUUAAAAAAAAUACCAAUAAAA